CCAGAUCCGACGGCCAGAAAGCAUGAACGGCUAGGUUUUCUUUUCUUAUCCCACGCGCUCCCCGAACCGAACCAAACCAAACCCAGCCCGUCUCUCUCCCCCGGCCAGCCGCCGCCGCCGCCCUCGCUAGAUUCGACUCUCCCCGCCACUCCGCCUUCUCCCCCCUCCCCGGAUCCGGCGGGGAAGGGCUCUGUGCUUCUGCUCCUGGCUGCGGCGCACUGGGUUGGAUUGGAUUGGAUGAGAAAAGGCCAGCGAGCGUCCCGAACUCCACCGAAACCCUAACUCCUUCCCUCCCCUCCCAUGGAUCGCGACCGCUCCUCUCGCCGCUCCACACGCGACCGCGACGACGACCGCCGUGACCGCGAUGACGACCGCCACCGCCGCCACCGCCGCGACGACGACGGCAGCCACCACAAGCGGGACGCGGACUCGGACGACCGCCGCCGUCACCGCGGCGGUGGUGCCGAGGAAGACCGCCGCCGGGGCCACCGCCACCGCCGCUCGCCUUCCCCGUCAGCGUCCCCGUCGCCGCCCGCCAAGCCGAGCCGUGGCCGUGACUCAGCUGACGGCGAGCCGCCACCACCCCCACCGUCCUCCUCAUCAAGGAAGCGCAAGGAGCACCACGAGAGCCGCGACGGCGGCGACGAGCCCGACCGGGACGGCGGGAAGCGGGUCAGGGUCUCGGCGGACCCUCCUCCUCCGCCUCCUUCGCGGAAGGAGGACAGGCCGAGGCGAGAACGCAGGAGGUUUGAGGACGGUGAUGAGGAGAGGGGUAAUGGGGAUAAUAAGAUUGCUUCAUCUCAUGACCACCAGAAGAAGGCAGAAUCAGCUGCUAAUGGAGGUUCACAGAGCGGCACCGCGCCUAAUACUGGUGCUCAGCAGCCGCUCAAUUCUGGUGCGGUGCCAUCUGCUGAUCCUGUGGCUUCAAAGGUAUCCUCGAUUACUACAACCAAUGAAAAUGGGGGAGUUAGUAUUAGAUCUGAUGAAGUUACUGGAAAAUCUAGUACAGAUGGAACUGCAAGCAGAAGUAGUAAUCUAUCUCUUGAUGCACUAGCCAAAGCUAAAAAGGCUUUGCAACUGAAGAAGGAACUAUCAGAAAAACUCAAGAGGUUACCUAUGCUUAAUAAUAAACUUGGCAGUACUAAUGCUGAUAAACAAAUUCCUAAGAAAGAAGCACUGCCUGUUUCUAGCUCAAUUGCAUCUGCAGCUUCUGAACUUCCUGGUAGUACAGUCUCCGGGGUGCCAGCAGGAUCAGGUGCAGCUGGUAUUCCAGGUCUUACCAACAUUCCCAAUUUGGAUGCUGUGAAGCGAGCACAAGAGCUUGCUGCUAAGAUGGGAUUUCGCCAGGAUCCACAGUUUGCGCCUCUGAUCAAUAUGUUCCCUGGUACAUCCACUGAACCAACUGUUCCUCAAAGACCUGCCAAGGCUCCUGUUCUCCGUCUUGAUGCUCAAGGUAGGGAAAUUGAUGAGCAAGGGAACGUUAUCAGCAUGACCAAGCCAAGCAAUCUAAGUACUCUGAAGGUUAACAUUAACAAGCAGAAGAAGGAUGCAUUCCAAAUCAUCAAACCAGACUUGGAUUCUCUUGCAAAAUCCACUGUUCAUUUUGACGAAAGGAUGGGCAUCAACCCAACCAAGCUUCUCCGUCCUAAGAGGCCAGGAUUCCAGUUUAUUGAGGAAGGCAAACUCUCAAAGCAGGCUGAGUUGCAGAGGAUUAAGAAUCAAUUUGGUGAUGCACAAGCUAGAGAGCUUAAAGCAAAACAAACUCAACUUAAUAAGGCAAAGACUGAAGGAGACAUGAAUCCAAAUCUUAUUGAAGUUGCUCCUGGUGUACGGCUUCCAAAGCAAAAGCAGAAGGAAGAGAUCCCUGACAUUGAGCCAUGGGAUACAAGAAUUUUACUUACUGGUACAUACGAGGAUAUCUCCUUGGAAAGGCUUAAUAUGGAUAGGAUCACAAUCUAUGUAGAACAUCCUGAGCCAUUGGAGCCACCGGCUGAGGCUGCACCACCGCCGCCUCAGCCACUUAAGCUGACUAAGAAGGAGCAAAAGAAGCUUAGGACGCAGAGGCGCCUUGCAAAGGAAAAGGACAGGCAAGAAAUGAUUAGGCAAGGCCUCUUGGAGCCGCCAAAGCCCAAGGUCAAGAUGAGCAAUCUUAUGAAAGUACUUGGUGCUGAAGCUACGCAGGAUCCAACACGUAUGGAGAUGGAAAUACGAACAGCUGCUGCAGAACGUGAGCAAGCUCAUGUGGACCGUAACAUUGCCCGCAAGCUCACACCAUCAGAGCGCCGUGAGAAGAAAGAAAGGAAGCUUUUUGAUGAUCCUAAUGCAUCAGACACUAUUGUUUGUGUGUACAGAAUUAGAGACCUCUCACACCCUCAGACACGCUUUAAAGUGGACGUGAAUGCGCAAGAGAACCGGCUGACUGGUGCUGCAGUUAUCACAGACGGUAUAAGUGUUGUGGUUGUGGAAGGAGGGAAGAAGUCAAUCAAGAGGUACAAUAAGCUGAUGCUGAAUCGGAUUGACUGGGCUGCUGCAGUUGGCGGUGAGGAUGACGGCGAUGAGGAACCAGACAAGCCGGUGAAUAGCUGUACAUUAGUCUGGCAGGGUAGUGUGGUGAAGCACACCUUUCACAGGUUCAGUGUGCAUCACUGCCGGAGUGAGGCUGCUGCCAAGAAGGUUUUUGCAGAUGCGUCUGUUCCACACUACUGGGACCUGGCUGUCAACUUUUCGGAAGAUUCGUCAUGAGCUCUGUUUCUGUUCAAAACCUUUACCCACCACCACAGCGAACAUUUGCUGAACUUAGUACCGCUCUACUUUGUGUUGUCAUGAACGUAUUAUUUUCAGACUAAUGUUGUGAGAUUGCAUACGUGGUCUCAACGCAAAACAUCUGGAAGAACUGUCGAAGUAUUGCAAUAUAUGCUUUUAAAUAUAUCUAUUUUCAGACUAA